AGAAGGAUGAUGAAAACCCUAAAAUUGUAUAAUUGGACAGAACCCGAGUCCAAGCCCACCAUCGUUUGACAUAAAAUUCCGAUCGCGCGAAAUUCCGUUACUGCGCUCGAUCACAAUGACAGAUCCCGACGAGCCUCCCAAGAGAUUGCAGCAAUCGCUUUCAAAGGAUGAUGGAUCGGAAUCGGACUGGGACUCGGAUUUUGUUUGGGAUAGCUGUCCGGAUCCGGCUUGCGAUCCGGGUUGGGGUAAUUUUUUCGCCUCUACUCCAGUUAAAGUAGGAGAAGAAGAAGAUGAUGAAGAGCAAAAGAAGCUGCCGGAUGAAGUUAAAAAUAGUGAAGAUUACAAGAAAUACUUGCAACUCAUAACCGAGAAUUUCAUGUUUGUGUUGCAGGGCUAUGAUUGUGGCUCCUUCGAUUUCCCUCAUUUUGACCUCAAGAUCACUCAAGCAACUCAGCAGCUUAUAGAUAGAAACAGUGUUUAUGUGGAACCUGCCCUCCAAGACUACAACAAACAACAUAAUAGGAAGCUGGUGUUUGAUAGUGUUUGAUAGCAUUGAGAAGAUGAACAUCCAGUCUGCAGUAUGCUACUAUGAGAAGUAUUAUGUGACCUUCAAAGUUAAGGACAUGGAUGACGUGGUGCCCUCAAGACCUUCUAGUGCAGCUUCUUGUGUUUCAUGUCAGGCCCUAGUUUUGAACAAUUUCGGGAGAAACCAACCCAACCCUAGUUUUGAAUAUUAGUACUCCAUAUGAGAGUGAGUAGAGUAUGCUGCUGUAUGCCAACAUAAACAUAUCUACUCUUCUUUAAUCUAUUUACAAAAUUACUCCCA